AUGCCAACCGGCAUUCCGAAAGAGCUAGAGUUAUCUCACCUCGACCAGCAGCCACACAUACGCGUCUAUGGCCGCUACUAUAUCAUCUUUCCCUUUCCGGACAUCAAUCGCGCCCAUAAAGCAAAAGAAGCGCUGCACGAUGGCUUCAAAGAAGUUUUGAGACGGUUUCCAUAUCUUGCUGGCACUGUCGACCUAGACCCCUCUACGGACCUUCUCCGCGUGCAGUACCCCGACCCUAUUGACCUCGAAGCCGAAGCACGACGCAUAUUCACAGUCAGUUACGACGAUGCACAGCAUGACUAUGAUUCGCUUGCGGAUCAUGCUUUUUUACCAGAUGAAUUACCUGCUACGGUCUUCUGCCCGAACGAGCUGAAGCACCACGCUGGAUUGGGCGAAGAUGCGUAUGCCGAAAGAAUGACAAGCUUUUCGAGGGGACCGUUACCAACCUUCGCAGCCCAGGCUACCUUCAUUCCCGGAGGACUGGUACUGAGCGCCUGGUUCUAUCAUGCCGUUGUCGAUGGCACAGGCAACGGAAGGAUUCAAAAGAUAUGGUCUGAUGCAGUACGAGCCCUCAAUCCUGACAAGAACAAACUACCGCCAGAUAUCGUCAAAGAAUGGAACGUCAUACCAGACCCGUCAUCAGCGCGUCGAGCACUCGCAACGCUGGUUCAGGAAGCGGAUGCAGCAGGCCAGUCUACUAAAGCAUCUGAGAAGCCAUUCGCGAAGCGCUUUGAGCUCCGCAAAGGACCGGACAAAGGACCCAACAAAGUAGUUGCCGAAAUGUUUCGCUUCUCAUCGCAAGCUAUCGAAGAGCUUCGCAACGAGCUAUCCAUUAAGAUCGGGAAGCGUGUAUCUAACUUCACCGUACUGUCAGCUAUCGUCUGGGCAAAUGUCAUACGCGCCCGCUCGAAGUCGAUCACCGCUUCGGGUAACACGCAGUCGACCCUUGCCGUCGUUGUAGACCUCAGAAAGUUUCUUCCACCACCCUUCUCAUCCCCGGACUAUCUGGGCAACCUGGUACUGUCCGCUACGCCGACCCUAAACCUUGAUGGCGCCGCGGCGUCUCUUGAGGACAUCGCAGCCAAAAUCACAGACGCUCUGCACGCCAUCAACGCGACAUGGGCAGUCACCCAGAUCAACAGCGUCCUUAUCAAUCCUACCGAAGCGCAGCAAUCUCUUCUGAAGUUUCCCAAAGGCCCAGACCUAUACAUCACUAGCUGGCAGAGAAUGGGAGCCGACAGGAUAUGGGGCAUCCCAGGUACAAGCAAGCCAAAUGCAACUGCGAUUCGGCGAGCGGCGUGGGUCAGCGAAGGUGGCAUCGUGGUGUUACCCAGGGAAGAAGACAAAGAAGGGCAAGAAGGAGAGCCGUAUGAAAUCAUGAUCAGUCUUACACAGGCCGACAUGGAAAAAUUCAGAGACGGGCUGAAGAAUGCCGGAUGGUUGAGAGAACAAGGCGACGGCGCCUGCGAUGUGACCGGAGUGGCUACCAGGGCUGGAUGUAACUUAAACCCCCAUCUCAGGGCGUCCUCAGUUGAAGCUUUCAAUAUUGCUGAAUGA